UCACUCUCCGCGCUGCUCCGGCCGGCGCUGGGUAGGGCUGGGGCGGCUUCCUCUGGAUGUGAGGGACCCUGCUACGGGGAUGUAGCGGGCCGCGGAGCCAUGCGCGGCCCGGCGCUGCCCCGCACCUCGCUGGGGACGGUUAUUCUAAUAUUCGUGUGUGUGUUGACAAAGGAAUCUGUAGAAAUUACUCCACUGCCAUAUAGACUGCAAGUCCGUCGGGUAGCUUUGGAUGGAAGAGACCCCUCUAACCCUUUGAGGAGAGAAAAGAAACAGAUGCACUGUCAACUGGGACAAUACCUACACCCCAGAAAGACCCACUGCUGCAUGAGGUGUCAUGCAGGUACCUACAAGGCAAAAGACUGUGAUGGGCCUGAUCAGGCAACUGUCUGUCUUCCGUGUGCCAAUGGCACAUUCACAGCUGUCGAUAACACCAUGUCUAAAUGCUUCCGGUGCACACGCUGCCGUACAGAACUUCAACAGAUAGUAGAGACCCCUUGCACCCCACAGCAUGAUACUGUAUGUGGCUGUCAGAAGAAUCAGUAUCAGAUUGAUUCCGCGUCUGAAUUCUUCCAGUGUAGGAACUGCAGCUCCUGUGCCAAUGGGAUUAUUGCCAGCUGUUCAAAGAACAAAGAUGCAAUUUGCAGGUGUAAGCCUCAAUUCUUCUUGUCACGUAGUAAUAUUUGCAAGCCUUGCAACAGCUGCACUGGAGAAGACUGCUUGUGGUGUCCUAGCCCAGUUGCUACCUCACCGACUUCAUCUGGGCUGAAUGGAAACCUUGUACUUGGCAUCCUUGUUGCAAUAUUUGGAUUUAUCUCUAUCCUCUGCAUUGCAUGUAAAGUAGGGAAGCUGGUCCAGAAAAAUAGGGCAGUGUCGUCUUUCUACUCCUGUGUUUCUUUACCACAGACAACCAAGGAGACGGUAUCAGAGGUUGAGGAAAAGAGAAAUGGAAUUUCCACCCUUCUUCCUGAGCCCCAAAAGGAAACAGAAUUGCCAGUAAAUGCAACCCUAUCAUCUGGACCUCUACCACAGAGUUCACAUGAGUUACCAGACUGCGUCAGGCCGGCCAGGAAGACGCAGCUCCCAGACAACCCUGCUAUUCUGUACACUAUGGUGGAUCAGGUGCCACCAUCUCGGUGGAAGGAGUUUGUGCGGCGCCUGGGCCUGAGUGACUAUGACCUGGAGCGGAUUGAGCUGGAGCACCGGCGCUUGCGAGAUGCCCAGUAUGAGAUGCUCAGACUAUGGAAACUGCAGAUGGGCCGUGCUGCCACUGUGGAGCACAUCAGCUGUGUUCUCAACCAGAUGGAGCUCAGUGGCUGUAGCGAUGCUGUUCAAGAAGCUUUGCUAAACCAGAACUCUCCUCAACCUUGCAGCCUCCACAACCAUCUUUAAUCUAUUUCUGCUUUAGCUGCCUUUGACUAUUAAGAGGGGAUCAUAGCUCUCUUUCUUUCCCUGUAUCUUCCCAUCUUUGUAACACUCGUCAGCUGGUUUUGUUGGAAACC